UGAGCGUCGUUGAACUUAUUUUCUUUUCUAAAUACAAAAUUACUUCAAAAUAAUUCAUGUUUGGUGUUUAGAUUUUGAGAUAAUAAGUGAUAUCGUUUGUUGAAAAGCUACAAUUGGACACAGUGCUGCGGAUAAGCGACAUUAGUGAAAUAAAGAUAUGAUGGCGCGCGGGAGAGUGCUGGGCUAGCUCCAUACUCGUUAGCAAAUUGGGACUUUGUUCGAGCGAUAUACUGACGCUGCUAUUUCUGGUUAAUGUUUCUGAUGCUGUUUAACCAAGCCUACGUGAAAAUAGGGUCAGAAGAAUUAUAUGAACAUUGGUGUGUUUGCAAAAAAGGAAACCAAGUUUUCGAUUUUGUGUGUUUGGUGUUACACCAAGGAGACCGCCUAGCACGAUGGACAGUUGAUUGUGCUUGAUCCUUUCUGAGGUCACGACUAGGCAGGAUGCGACCAUAUGCAAUCCUGGCAUGAUGUGGCGAUCUGAAUCGGUUUAGAGCCCUAUGCGGCUGCGAAUGCAAUUUUUUUAUCCAUGUUGCAUUGAAAAUUUUGUAACAUUGAGCAAAAUUUGAUUUUCGAUUUUGCUUAUCCUAAAAUUACGUCAGCGACGUGUAUGAGGCAUAAUUCGUCUUUUAACUUGUUAAAAUGGAAGAAUCAGAAGAUAACAUGAGUUCUGAGGAUAUUGUGAAGGUGGAAAGUCCACUUUUUGUCAAGGCAAAGCCGAAGAAACGGUCAUUGAUUGAACGGGAGCUUGAGACAAGCUUGACAGCUCAUAUCACUUCUCCUGUCAUAAAUAAUGUUGGGAACACAAGCCGUUAUGGCAGGAGCAGACGUGUCAAACAAGAGGCCGAUUAUAUUGACGUUGAAAGAGGCAUACAACUUAUGCAUUCUCCAGUUCGUGAUAAGACGCCUGUUAAAAUACAGUCUCCAGUAUACAAAAUGCAUGCCUCAAACUCUCCCAUCAAGAUAGAACACAAAGAAACUCCUAUAAAGGCUCCUAUCCUGGCAGACGGCUUAGAAAAUCAAAUAGAGAAUAUUUACCAUGAAAACAUUUCGUUGAGCCGUUUCGGUUCAGAUGAGAAGAAGAACAAAUCGCCAGCAAACAAAUUCCCCAAAGUGUAUGUUCGUAAGGAUUUAAUACAAAAACGGGAGAAAGAAGAAACUGUUAUGCUGAUUAAAAAUAUGUUUUCACCCUCCAAAAGCGGUCAGAAAAGUAAUAAUCAUCUGAAUAAUAUUCUAGAAAGAUCGUCGGAGAAGUAUAGUCUAAACACAAGUAAUGAGAAUACAAAAUCUCACAACGGAUUUUUGAGUAACUCUUCUGUUGUUAAAACGCUUGAUUUUGACAAUAAAAAUAAAAAGAAGGAGAAUAGAGACAUUAAAUUUCCGUCUAAAAGUGACAUAUUUGACAUGGAGGCUAAAUGUGAGUACCAAGUUGGUGACUUGGCUUGGGCCAGGAUGGGCACGUAUCCAUUUUGGCCGUGUAUUGUCACUAGAGAACCAAGCAGUGGGAUGUUUGUAAAAAAGAAGUUGUUCGGACGGAUCGAGCGUGACGUCAUCCACGUCACGUUUUUCGGGGACAACGGGCGUCGUGGCUGGAUCGUCGAUACUAUGCUUAGGAAGUUCCUUGGACAGCUGGAGUUUGAGGCUACGAAGCAAGCGUUUAGCCCUAUGGCAAAAAAGAAGGACCCAAGAUUAUACGCAGCCUUCUUCGUCUCCGAAAAGAAGAUGCCCCAAUGGAGCAUAUCUGUAGAAGAAGCCGAAACUUUGCUGCGCGAGCCGAAACGACUCAGAAUAGACCUCUUGUACGAAAUGCUAGCAAACUACAGAACCGUCAAAUGUUCGUUGAAACAGCAACAAAGAAGCGAGAAGAAAAUGGCGAGGACAGCCAGUGACGUGUCAUUAAGUGAGAGCCUGUUUGACACAUUGUUUUCUGAGGACGAUGGAAAAACAGAAGAUGCAGAGCGAACCAAGACUAGGAAAUCUCUUGACGUGUCCGAAGUCGUCACAGCCUGUCUUGACAAUAUGGCCGCUAAAACCGGCAUCACAAAGAUCCAAAGACAAUCCCAUAUGGACCGUUGGCUCCAAAAAGCCAAGUCCAAAACACCAGAGAAGACUCAAGCAAACCUAGCUAAUCUCCCACCUCCGAAAGAGAAAGAAGUUCCCAGCGCUAAAAAGAAGAAGAAAAUAUCGCCAAUCAGGGUUCCUAUACAAAAGCCUUAUAGUUUUAGGAAGUCGUCGUACGAGCCUCAAAUCCUGAAGCCGAACGAUAAUGAGCAUGACUACAGUACAAAAGUAAAUAAUAAUUUGCCUAAGACGAGCGAUGAAAGUGGGAUUUCACUUGACGUAAUACCAAAAGAAGAACCGCUAAACAGCGCAUCUAGUGAUGUUGCUAUUGACGCAGACCAAAAAGUUCAAGAUAUCGAUGCAGUUGUUCCUGAAGUUUUAAAAAAGGAAGCAGACAUCGAUACAAUAGUUCCUGAAUCUUUAAAAAAAGAAGCAGACAUUGAUGCUCCACAAAAUAGUGCAAAAAACGCGAUAGAAAUUGGCCUUCUUGAUACAACUGAUGAAAAAGAAAUACAAGAAAAUAUCUGUAGUGUAGAAGAAAACGAAGAGCUAUUAUUAGGACUUGAUAAGACAGCUGAAAUUUUACCAUCAACUGAAGAACAAAGUGACAGUAUAGAACAAAACACUGGAACACUGGACACUGACAAAUCAAUUGAAGUUACUGAAGAAACAUCUAAAGAAACAACAGACACAGAAAAACAAAAAGAAACAACUGCAAGUCCAAAUAUUGAUACACAUAAAGCCACUGAGAGUGAUGAUGCUGGAAAGAAGUCUGCGGAUUUUCUAAAAUAUAUGGAAUUGAGACAAGACGCUAUUAUGGACGAACAUCCUGAUCUGAGUCACGAUGAAAUAGUAGAUUAUUUGUACAAAACGUGGUUGUACGAAGACCAUUCUGUGCUAGAUAAAAGCAGUGAUGAUAGUAAGUCCAAUGUGAAAAGUGGAAAGAAAAAAACAAACAGGAAAUCACUGUCGCUCAAUUCGAGUUUUAAAAAAAGCAGUAGAAGCCGAAAUGAACAAAACACGUCUACAAAUUCAACUAAAACAAGUCUUAGAAUGAGGCUAUCAUAUUCACCGUCUUCAUCUAAAGCAGAGAAAGACCUAAAUAUGAGCCAAGAAAUUAGUAUUAAAACAGUUAACGUUAUGGAAAAUCAACCAUCAACAAGCUACAGCAUGGAUGUAGAAAUGCCACCAUUCAAGGAAAAACUUAUAAAUCCUUUUGCGGUUGGAGUUUCUAAAAAGAGCAAUCGGUCUAGAUUAUCCAAUGUGCCAGGCCCAUCCAAAGCUGACAUAUUGGAAGUGAGUCAAGCGAUGGAUGUUGAUGAAACCCAAACAGAAACUCAUAGUAAAGAUACAGAAAAAAGUACUGAAGUGCUACCAAAGGAAGAAAAGCCAUCUACAAGCGCAAUUUCAAGUGAUACUAAUGUUAGAAAGAGUUUAAGGAUAUCGUCUAAAGACGUAAAAGUGUGCAGAUAUUCUAAUACAGCUAAAACUGUUGAGAAUACUCCAGCAAAAUUUACUGAAAGUGCAAAAAAUGAGGAAUGUAUACCCUCGACUUCACGAUCAAGUGGUACAUCUUCUAGAAAAAUCCUGAAAUCCAGGACAUCUAACACACCUAGUACCUCCAAAAGUAAGAAGGAAUUAGAGGUUAGCAAUGAAGCUAGUACCUCGGUAAAUGCUGUAACGACGCCUCAAGAUGCAAUGGACGUACUGCAAAAUGAGUUAGACUUAUCUAUUAACGCAUUUUUAAACGACACAUCUGAUCUAGAUACUUUUAAAGCUGAAGAUGACAUUGACGUUAAAACUGAAAGCCAAACAAUUGAAAACACUCAAAUGCCGACUCAACAUAGUAAAGAUACAAAUAAAAGUAUUGAAAUACCCGCAAUUGACGAAAAGCUUGCCGCAAAAUCAAUUGCAAGUGGUACCACUUUGAGAAAAAGUCGGAGAACUAAGUUAUCUCACUCCCCUUCUUCUAGAGGUCAAAAAGAACUCGAUGCUAGCAAAGAAGGUGCUAAUGUUGCUGCUGUUACUCCUGGAACGUCUCAUGAUGCCAUUCAACAUGGUAAGACAGCUGCAGCUACAAAGAUUGACGACAUAAAGGAAAACGAGAUACAGGUGGCCACAAAACCAUUGUCGACUGCCAUCUCUUCUAGAAAAAGCCUAAGAACUAAGCCAUCUAAUUCUCCGAGUACCUCUAAAGCUGAUAAAGAACUUGACUCUAAAGAAGAUAAUAAUACUACUUUAAAAGUCACUGAAACGACUUCUGAGAACACACAUGAUAAAGGUACGGACAAAUCUGGCAUCAAAAUACUAGAAAAUGAGGAAAUGCUUGCUGCUGCAAUACCAUCUACAAGUGGCACCUCUACUAGAAAAAGUCUUAGAACCAAGCUACCUAAUACCCCAAGUAAUUCCAGAGUAGAGAAUGAACUGGAAUCUAGCAAAGAAGCUACCACUUCAAAAGUGACUCAAAACAUACCAGAGAUGUCUCAACAUGUCACUGAAAGUAGUAAAGAUAUAGACAAAUACAUUGACGUCUUGAAAAACGACGAAAAGCUGUCCACCAAAUCUUCAAAUGACUCUAGCAAAGAAGCUAGUACUUCAAAAGUCACUGAAAACACUUCAAAUACGUUGCAAGAUGUCACUGAACUAAAUAAAAAGCCAGAUGACGGCAUUGAAAUCCCAGAAAACGACGAAAAGACUUCAACAAAAUCGUUGUCAAUUGCUACAACAUCCAGAAAAAGCCUUAGAAUCAGGCUAUCAAAUGCUCCAAGUAACUCUAGAGGCGACAAUGAUCCCGACUCUAGUAAAGAAGUAAAAGUCACUGAAAAGACUCCGGAGACCACUCAUCAAGUCACUGAAAGUGAAAAAAAUUCAGACGAAUGCAUUGAAAUCCCAAAGAAUGACGACAAACCAUCCACAAAAGUGUUUUCAAGUGACACGAUUCCUAGAAAAAGUCUUAGGACUAGGGUGUCUAAUUCACCAAGUACUUCAAGAGUUGAGAAAGAACUCGACUCUAGCCAAAAACCUAGUACUUCAAAAGAUACUGAAAAUCCUCCAGAUUCAUCUCACCAUGUCACGGAAUGUAUUGAAAUCCCGAAAACUGCCGAAAAGACGUCGACAAAACCGUUGUCAAGUGACACGAUCUCAAGAAAAAGUCUCAGAAUUAGUUUGUCAAAUCCUCCAAGUACCUCUAGAGAUGAAAAAGAUCUUGAUGUUAGCAUGGAAGGAUCUUCUAUAGAAGAUGUAACUGUAGUUACUGAAAAUACUCAAGAGGCCACUCAACAAGUCACUGAACCUGGUAAAGAAACAGACAAAUCCAUGGACAUCCCAGAAAAUGAAAAACUGUACACAAAAUCGCUUUCAAGUGGCACAACUUCCAGAAAAAGUCUCAGAAUCAGGAUAUCAAAACCCCCCAGUAUCUCUAGAGAUGAGAAACUUGACGUUAGCAUGGGAGCUAGCACUUCAAAAGAUACUGAAAAUACUAAAGAUUCAUCUCACCAUGUCACGGAAUGUAUUGAAAUCCCGAAAACUGCCGAAAAGACGUCGACAAAACCGUUGUCAAGUGACGCGAUCUCAAGAAAAAGUCUCAGAAUCAGUUUGUCAAAUCCUCCAAGUACCUCUAGAGAUGAAAAAGAUCUUGAUGCUAGCAUGGAAGGAUCUUCUGUAGAAGAUGUAACUAUAGUUACUGAAAAUACUCCAGAGGCCACUCAACAAGUCACUGAACCUGGUAAAGAAACAGACAAACCCAUUGACAUCCCAAAAAAUGAAAAACUGUCCGCUAAAUUUUUACCAAGUAGCUCAACUUCCAGAAAAAGUCUCAGAAUCAGGAUAUCAAAAUCUCCCAGUAUCUCUAGAGAUGAGAAACUUGACGUUAGCAUGGAAGCUAGCACUUCAAAAGAUACUGAAAAUACUAAAGAUUCAACUCACCAUGUCACGGAAUGUAUUGAAAUCCCGAAAACUGCCGAAAAGACGUCGACAAAACCGUUGUCAAGUGACACGAUCUCAAGAAAAAGUCUCAGAAUCAGUUUGUCAAAUCCUCCAAGUACCACUAGAGAUGAAAAAGAUCUUGAUGUUAGCAUGGAAGGAUCUUCUAUAGAAGAUGUAACUGUAGUUACUGAAAAUACUUCAGAGGCCACUCAACAAGACACUGAACCUGGUAAAGAAACAGACAAAUCCAUUGACAUCCCAGAAAAUGAAAAACUGUCCACAAAAUCGCUUUCAAGUGGCACAAGUUCCAGAAAAAGUCUCAGAAUCAGGUUAUCGCAAUCUCCCAGUAUCUCUAGAGACGAGAAACUUGACGUUAGCAUGGGAGCUAGCACUUCUGAAGUUGCUGAAAAUACUUCAGAGAUUCCUAAAAAUGUCAUUCAACCAUCUCUUCACGUUACUGAACCUAAUAAAGAUAAAGCCGAAUGCAUUAAACUGCCGGGAAAUGACGAAAAACUGUCCACAAAACCUUCUUCAAGUGGUACAUCUACAAGAAAAAGCCUUAGGAAUAGACUGUCAAUUUCUCCAAGCUCACCUCGAGGUGAAAAAGCAAUUACUGUUAGUACAGACGCUUUUACAGUGAAUGACAUCGAAUAUUCCCAUAUACCAACUCUUGACGUAGAAAAACAUACUGAAAUGCCGAAAAUCGAGAAGAUCCCCACAAAAUCUGCUUCUAAAUUAAGUCUGAAAACAAGGCUACCGAAACCCUCUGAUGCGUCUGAAGUCAAAGCAAUUGAAAGUACUCCAACUGCUUCAAAAAGUAAUGUUAAAAUGCCACAAAAUAUUGAUGAACAUGUUGUGGACUCUAUAAUACAAGAUGAAGAUCCAGUAAAACCAAAUACAGAUACUCAAAAAGAGAGAAGAAUAAAUUUGGAGCAAUAUCAAAAGAGAAUACAUGAAGAAACUAAUAGAAUAACAGAAAAAGCAGUAGAUAUUACGCAAAGUAUGGAAAUAUCUAUAGACGCUCAAAACUUAAGUGAGGUCGCCAAUAUAGGACAACACAGUGUUGAUACUGAAAUACGCACAAAUGUUGCUCAAAAUAGGCUUCUGGGUUCAAAAGAGGAACACAAAAAUAUUGACACUAAAAUUCAAGUACAAGAUACCAAAGUAGCGGAAGAACCUAAAAAUGAAGUGAAAAAUACACACGCUGUAGAUAACCAUGACAAAAUAAUCCAAGAUUCUGAGUCAGUCCCAAUUGAAGACAAAGAAUAUGGACACUUAGAUUUCGUAUUUUCAGUAUUAGAUCAAAAAGUCCUUGAAACCCAAUUUAACGUUACAAAUAAAAUAGAAAAACUUGCUACAGAAAGGAAUAAGGACGUACAAAAUAUUGACUGUAAAACUCUAUCUACUGAGACUGAUGUUAAACUCGUAGAAUGUACUAAUAAUGACGCUAAGGGUGAUGAAAAAACACCUGGUGAUUUUAAAAUAGAUACAACGAAUAUAAGUAAUGCUAACGUAAUUAGUGAUACUCUUACAUCUAUAAAUAGUUCUACCAGUGAUAAAGUAGAAAGUAAAAAUAAAAAUACCAAUAUAGAUAACUCAAGCAAAUGUAAAUACCAGAACCUAGUUGAUAGUUGCAAUGAGCUUAGUGUUCAUAUCCAAAGAUUGCCUCUACAUAGUCUUCCUAGUAAGGUUAUUAAUGUAAAAAAUUUAGAUAAAGAAAUAUUAAUAGGUAAUGUCCGGCGAAACAGUGAAAAUAAAACUGUCAGAGACAUUAAAACGAGUACAGAAUCCAAUAAAAAGGAUCACGAUAGCCCUGAGACUACCCGCAAAACAGAAAUUGUUGAUCAAGCAGUCGAAAUGGCCAAAAAUAAAUCGAUAGACGAAAAUAUGAGUGUUGAGGAAGAACUAAUGACAAAGCUUGUUGAAGAAAGCUUAGAAAAAGCUAAAGGCAGUACUGAAGAGGCUGAAUUGACAACAUUGAUGGCUAGCAUAGCCAGUCCUGUUAAAAAAGUGUCAUUUAAUCUAUUUGAAGAUGUAAAUAUUGGGCCAACGAAAUCUGACACUGGUAACGUGCCCAAACUGCCCAUAGAUACAAGGAAAGAACUGUUCCCAAAUAAAAAUGUAAUUGUAAAACCGAUUCCAGAUAAAGUAGUUUUCCAACUAGACAGUUCGAAAUCACAGCCCAUAGACUGUUUAAUUCAGCCUCCAAAGAUAAAUGGCUAUGUAGACCUAUAUGAAGAUGAUUAUGAUGACGAUGAAGAAGAAUUUGAAUCUCCGGCUUACUCACCUAUUUUUAAAGAACCCAUAGAACCCGUGGUUAAAAUUGAAGAGAAAAGUGAUGGUAACAAAGAGUUAGAAAAGGAACAAAUUAAAAAUGUUGAUGAAAGUGUAACGAAACUCGUUUUAGCUGAUUCGUCAGUAAAGAAAGUCAUUUCUAAUAAAACAGACUGCAGAAAAGAAACGCAUGUUUCAACUGAUCAAGUAGACUCAUCGAUUAAUGAUAAUAACAAGAAAAAUGAUGAUUUAAUGGAUUCAAUUAGUCGUCUACCAGAACCAAUCAAAAUGAAUGGCUACCAUUUGGACGAACAGGGAGUGGAGUUUAGUGACAACGAUUUUAAUGUUGAAACUUCCUCCAUAAAUUCCGAAGAUUCUGAACCUUUGGCGAUUACGAAGAAGAAAAUAAUUUUCAAGAAUCGUAAAAAUGCCAAGUUAGCCCUAGAAGAUCCUGAGUUUGUCAAAUAUAUGGAAUUAAGGCAAGACGACUUGAUGGAUCAACAUCCAGAACUAAAUAAAGACGAAAUAGUGGAAUACUUGUACAAAACGUGGCAGUAUGAAGAGAAUUCAAAGUCUGAUAUUAUUAAAAAUGAUGACAUUGAACAGUCGAGUUUAGUCAAAGGAUUGAACGACAAUUUGAGGCAAAAGUCUAUGAGAAAUCGGUAUAGAGACAAUAAGAAACGGAACAAAAUUCCCGAUGAUGAAUUAUUGUCAAUGAGUUUGAGCUUGAGAAAGAAACGAAGUAAAAAGCAAGAUGAAGAUACUAUAUCUCUGAAUUCUGAUGUAAGCGAUACGUCAAUCAAAAGAAGACUUAGGACUAGGAUAUGCCAUUCCCCGGCUAUAUCACUAGAUGAGAAUGAAUUCAGUGUGAGCAAAGACUGUAGUCCAGAAAGAAAACCAGAUGUAGAAGAUUUAACGAUAGAUUCUGAUGACGUCAUCAAAGUCACUAGACGCAAAGUCCGAAAUCGAAUAUUGGACGAUUCUACCGACGAGGAAUCUGUGUGCCUUUUGACGGUAAAACAAGAACUUGAAGGUCAAAAUGACGAUGAAGGUACAGUUAAGAUAAAAACAGAAGAACCUGAGACUAGAAAAUCGUCCAAAAAAGAACAUAAAUCUCCUAAAAGAAACAAAAACAUGAAAAUCAAAAAGUACUUCUCAGUUGUAAACACAGAAACCAAAGAUAAGACUGUAAACGGGCAUAACGAAAUAGAAGUCGGUAAAGAUAUCAAAGAGGAGUAUGACCCGGACGUAGUUUCGAUUUCAUCCCUCAACUCUGAGGACAGUGAAGUGUCUUUAUCUAAAAGAAAACAACGCAAAACUGCUGACAAAAACUCUGAAAAAUCUAUGGAUGAUCCUGAAUUUCUGAAAUACGUCGAACUGAGGCAAGACGUUUUGAUUGACGAAAAUCCUCAAUUGACUCAAGACGAAAUCGUUGCAUAUUUAUACAAGACUUGGCUGUACGAAGAGAGCGUCAAAUCUGACUUGAAAAAGACGGACGACAUCGAACAAGCAAACUUAGUAAAAGGCUUGAAUUCUGAAGUGCAGACGAAAAAGCUUAGUCGAAAAAAGAUCAAAGUUGAAAAGGAACAAGCUACUGAAGAACUGUCUAAAGACAAACUUAAACGGAAAGUAUCUCUAGUUCAACCAUUUUACAAUGAGGACACAAUAUCGGACAUCGAAGAUGAGAUAGAGUUGUUCGAGAUAUUCAGAACCAAAAAGAAAACCACCGAUAAAAAACCUGAAGAAAGCAAAGACGAUGUUAGUAAAAGUGAGAAGGAAAUUAAAUCUGAGAAAAUUGACGAGUUCAUUGAAACUGGAGUGGUUGAAACAGCAACUACAGAAGUAUAUGAUGAAGUUGAAUUAUAUUUCGCACAGCUGCCGAAACCAAAACCUAACGUUUUCAAGGGAUUGGUUCGAGAAAAAGUCUGCGAGAUUUGCGAGAAAACUGGCAAUUUAGUCAAAUGUAAAAGCUGCUGUGGUAUGUUCCAUAUCAGCUGUCAUAAGAAAGAGCCAGAAGUAGAAGGAGUUAUACCUGCUGUUAGAGGGAGAAAGAAGAAGAAAAAGAAGCCUGGUCGCAAGCCAAAGAAUUUCGAAGACUCCGAAAGCCAUAGCGACGAAAAAUCUCAAGACGUCUCUCUUGAGCUAAAUGGAUCUAUGGAGGAAAUCGAAUUCAAGCCUCAUAUAGUCGACGAAGCGGUGUUAGAAGCUGCAUUAUCAGCUAAAAUGAAGGAAAUACUGCCGACAAUCGAUUUGACAUACGAUUCUUACUCUAGCGAUGAAGGUUUGGAUUGGAACAGCCUUCGACCAGGCCAGUGUGAGAUCGUCGACGUUAAACUCAAACCAAAGAUAGUUGAAAACUACUCCGAUUACAAAUGCCACAACUGCCAGACAUACUCAACGCCAGUCUGCUUCGUCUGCAAAGAGGCUGUAUCAAAAACGGGCGUCGAUCACCGUCAGAAAUGUCAGACGAAUCACUGCAACAAAUACUACCAUUUGGAAUGUUUAGACCACUGGCCGCAGACGCAGUUCAAUUCUGGGGAACCUUCCAAAAAUCACAAGAAGAACAGUGAGCAUUUCGAGCCAUUUAUGUGUCCGAGGCACGUGUGCCAUACGUGUGUGUCUGAUGAUCCUAGAGGGUGUAAAACCAGGUUCUGUGGGGACAAGUUAGCCAGAUGCGUGAGGUGUCCAGCUACGUACCAUACAUUCACGAAGUGUCUUCCGGCUGGGACGCAGAUACUGACUGGGUCGCUGAUUGUCUGUCCACGGCAUUAUGAACAUAGGCCCGGCAAGAUACCAUGCCACGUGAACACAGGAUGGUGCUUCAUAUGUGCCCUCGGAGGGUCACUAAUUUGCUGCGAAUACUGUCCUACCUCAUUCCACGCAGAGUGCCUCAACAUUGACCCGCCAGAAGGUGGCUACAUGUGCGAAGAUUGUGAGACGGGACGUUUGCCGCUGUACGGGGAAAUGGUGUGGGUCAAACUGGGACACUACAGGUGGUGGCCAGGAAUCGUACUGCACCCGAGCGAGAUACCAGAGAACAUUCUCUCAGUGAAACAUUCUCAAGGAGAGUUCGUUGUGCGGUUCUUCGGCCAGUAUGACCAUUACUGGGUCAAUAGGGGACGCGUCUUCCCGUUCCAAGAAGGUGACUCCGGAAGAAUAUCAACUCAGAAGUCCAAAAUUGACGCUGCAUUUAUCACGGCGAUGGAACACGCACACAGAGCAUUUGAAAUUCUUAAAAACGCUGACACAAACGAUGAAGAGUCCCAAGACAUAGCGUCGUCUCUCUUACCGCCACACUACGUCAAGUUAAAAGCGAACAAGCCGUGUGGGUCACUAAUUGGCCGUAGAACUGAUAUUGAAGAGAGCUCGCUAGCUCAGUGCGAAUGUGACCCGAUGGUCGCUGAUCCUUGCGGGCCCUACUCUCAUUGCCUAAACAGGAUGCUGUUAACCGAAUGCGGCCCAAUCUGCCGCGCGGGCGAUCGCUGCAGCAACCGCGCGUUUGAAAAGCGACUGUACCCCAAAAUGGUGCCGUAUAGAACGCCGCAUAGGGGCUGGGGACUCAAGACCUUGGAGGACAUUAAAGCUGGUCAAUUCGUGAUAGAAUACGUGGGUGAGCUAAUAGACGAAGAGGAGUUCAGGCGACGGAUGAACAGAAUGCACGAGAUCCGAGACGAGAACUUUUACUUCUUGACAUUGGAUAAGGAGAGGAUGAUCGACGCGGGACCAAAGGGAAACCUCGCUAGGUUCAUGAACCACUGCUGCGAGCCCAACUGCGAGACCCAAAAGUGGACCGUGCUAGGUGACGUCAGAGUGGGCUUGUUCGCCAUCAACGACAUCCCAGCGAAUAGCGAGUUAACCUUCAACUACAACUUAGAGUGCGCCGGCAUCGAGAAGAAACGGUGUUUGUGCGGUGCCCGCCGCUGCUCGGGGUACAUCGGCGCCAAACCGAAGCAGGUCAGCAUUCAAUAG